CAAAAAAUUAGGGUUUCGUUCGCCGAAUCGUCGUCGGAAGAAUCCGACGCCGCGGCUUCCGCCGGAUCGAAGAGGAAAACCCACGGGGUCGUCGUCCGCCGGAAGAAAUCGAAGCCCAAGGAGAAAUCCCCGCCGGGCCUGAGGAUACGGCUGAAAAUGAAGCCCAAUUCCCCCGAGAAAGAGCUGCUCCCGCUCGGCGUGCAGCGGAGGAAGAGGGGAAAGUACGCGUCCGAGAUCAAGAACCCCCUGACGAAGAAGCGGAUCUGGCUGGGGACCUUCGCCACGGCGGACGAGGCUGGCGCCGCCUACCUCGCGAAGAAGGAGGAGUUCGAGGAGAAGCUGCGGGCCAAGCAGGCCCGCGAUUGUGCCCGACGCGGGAAAAAAUUGGCGAAUCGGGAGUCGCCGACCUCGGUGCUGAAGGUUGUGGCAGCGGAAGGGGGGAUUUCCGGCGGCGAAGCGGCGGCGGAGUUUGGGUUUUUUCGGGGCGUGAGGGUCUUGGACGAAAACGGGUGUCUAUUGGGCGAGUUUAGGAGGCUCGACGAUCUGAGUAUACUUGCAGAUGAGAAUGGCGUAAUUUUAGCAAGAUGA